AUGACGACAAAGAGGUCGACUGGACACGUUCUUAGCACUAAUAGGGCAUUUUGUUGUUUUUGGUUGUCAUGUGAUAAUCGCUUCCUUUCCUAUGAGAAUUUGCAUUUGCAUACACUGGACCAUCUCUCGGAAGAACAAUCAGAAUUCUGUUUCUGGCUGUACUGUCCUUUCCCCGAACUUUCUGGCCUCUCCCAUACUCAAAAGCGGCGUCAUGUCUUGCUGCAUGUUUUUGCUGAAUCCUGUCGGCAGUUGGCUGUCAACGUAAUUGAUGAACUUACUAGAACCAAGACAGUUGGAAGUGAACCUUGUCUGCGGCCUCCAAGGGACAAUUGGUUUACCACAGAGCUUGCUCCAACAUCUGACGUUAUUAAAUAUGGCUUCAAGUGUAUGUGGAAGGACUGCAAUGUUGUUUCGGAGUGUGCCUAUCUAUUCCGUUUACACGUGGUGAACCACGCGGAUACCCACCCCGUCAAAGAAGAGGAAGAAACGUUUGGCACUGUCCUUCGCCCGGACUCUUUGCAGAACUGUACCUUCCCUAACUCCUGCACCACGGCUUCCUUUACGACCCAUCCUCCAAAAGGUACCUUCCCUGACUCCUGCACCAAGUACUUCGGACUGCACAGUUGGACCGGGGCGCUCUUUUCUGAUCUGCCAUCGGCACCAGAUUUGCAUGAGAUUAUCGGGGGCUCGGAUGAAGAAAAUGAUUACGGACCCGAAGGUCAGGAGGAGCUCACAACACCCGAACUCGUGAAGCGACUACGUUUUGCCUGGCAGAACGAAAAGCUAGCUCCAGAACUCCUUGUGGCUCGUCCUCAGUUAGUGGGUCUUGUUCAAGAGGAGCUUGACCGCCUGGAGGUCCGCGCGAAAAUGUUCCCCAAGGGUGACAUCAAAUCUCAAAUAAUCCUGAUGCAGGUUGAUCGGCUGCGUUACAUGCUCAAGGAUUACCUGCGAACUCGGAUUAUGAAGGUACGCGUGAGCAGGUGCGGAGUGUCUUAG